UCAUUUAAUUUACUUCAUAAUUUUUACUCGAUUCGUCAAAUAAUACCAUUUGAAAUAAUAAUUACUACAAUUCAUUAUUCUCAAUAAAUAAGGGAAGGCUGUAUUUUGUGUUGCAUACAUAGUAGAUAAAAAAGAUCUUUAUCAAACUAAAAAGAUUUUAAAACAAAUUAGUAUUAAUUCUAUACAUUGUAAAUAACAUAUGCAAAUUUAAUAGAAAAAAAUAACUAGUUAUUUAUGCAUAUUAUGAAUGUGUAUCCUCGGCAAUUAUCACUUUAUUACGUUUAGCUCACAAUGCCUCCACUAAAUGGUAGUUACUUUAAGUAUUUCCUAAAAUUGUUGACUUAUAUUGUUUAACAAUUCAUCUAUUUACAAUAAUCUUAGCAACGAAAAUUUAUGAUUAUUUGUACACAUAGCUGACUAUUGUUAUAAAUGAGACGAAAUACAAAUUCAAUUUUAUUAUCAUUACCUACUAUCAAAUAUUUCGCAGUACUUUUCUAAGACAAAAAUUGUGUAAGAGAAAAUUUUAAAAUUAAUAUUCAGUAACUUAGUCUUAUUUCAUAUAGAAAAAAAGCAAUGAAUGUAUAAUCUAGUCUAGUAUUACGAAAGUUGAAUGAAUAUUUUAUGAUAAUAACUAAAAAAAGUUCUAGAAGUCGACACAAAGUACAAUUUGUCUAAAAUAUCGGAACCAUAAAUUCCUAGAAUAAUGGAAACUUUGACUUAAUUUUUAUUUUGUAAAAUAAUAGAUUCAAUUCAAAAUUACUCAUACAUCAGAAUCAUAUUUAAUAACGUUACUUAUGAGUACGAUUAAAUACCAAUAUAGAUAUUAAGGUACUUCUGACAUGACCUCGACAUUGGUACUUUUGGUAAAUGGUAUUUUUAGAAUAUCCAGAAUAUAUAAAAUCAACCUGUAAUGAAAAAAUACAUGAUAGACUUAUCAAAAUAGUCGGUUGGUGUUUAGAUAACGUGGUAUCGUUUGAAAGUCAAGUGAACGCAAUGCUUAAAAUAAACGAUUUGAACACCGUCCAUUAAAACACCGUAGCCGGUUUGGUAUGACAAGUGAACGAAAAGAGUAUUUCUUUAGCAGCAUUUGUGACACAGAACUCGGUGGGUGUGACUCAAUUUAUAUUCAUCCCUAACUUUCACAAGUAACUCAAGCAAAUAUGACCCAACAGUAUUAUCCUUUCAAAUGUACACCCACUGUCUACCCGGCCGAUCCCUUCGACCCCGUAGCCGAUGCCGCCACACUAAAGAAGGCUAUGAAAGGUUUCGGAACGGACGAGAAAGCCAUCAUCGACGUCUUGGCACGCAGAGGUAUCGUCCAACGUCUCGAAAUCGCAGAAACUUUCAAAACAUCAUACGGCAAAGAUCUUGUUUCUGAAUUGAAGAGCGAAUUGGGCGGAAAAUUCGAAGAUGUUAUGGUAGCCCUUAUGACACCGCUACCACAAUUUUAUGCCAAAGAACUUCACGAUGCCGUAGCUGGAUUGGGUACUGAUGAAGAAGCCAUCAUCGAAAUAUUGUGCACUUUGUCCAAUUAUGGUAUUCGUACUAUUGCGCAGUUUUAUGAACAACUGUAUGGAAAAACUUUAGAAAAAGACUUGAAAGGAGAUACUUCCGGCCACUUUAAAAGACUGUGUAUUUCCCUAGUACAAGCCAACAGGGAUGAAAAUCAAGGUGUAAAUGAACAACAAGCUUUAGCUGAUGCCGAAGCUUUAAUUGAAGCCGGUGAAGGAAAAUGGGGCACAGAAGAAUCUAUCUUCAAUUCCAUCUUGAUCACAAGAAGCUACCAACAAUUGAGAGCCACCUUUGCCGAAUACGAGAGGUUAACAGGCAAAGACAUUGAACAGUCGAUUAAGAAAGAAUUUUCAGGAAAUGUUGAAAAGGGAUUAUUAGGAAUUGUGAAAUGCGUGAAGAGCAAAGUCGGCUACUUCGCUGAACGUCUCCACGACGCUAUGUCUGGUUUGGGAACAAAUGACAAGACUUUAAUUCGUAUCAUUGUAUCUAGAUCUGAAAUCGAUUUAGCUGACAUCAAACAAGCCUUUUUGGAUAAAUACGGCAAGACUUUGGAAAGCUGGGUACAGGGCGAUACUUCUGGUGAUUACAAGAGAGUCCUUUUGGCCAUUUUGGACUAAUUUCCACAAUAAACCAAAAAGCACUGUAACUGUAAUCUUAAAUUCAAAUGUACGCCUUUACACUAAAAUUUUAAAAAAUAAAUAAAAUAUAUUAGCUUUCGUCAUACUGCCAUUAGUUUAAACUCGAUUUUUGAUGUUUGAUGUAAGUCACCCAUACACUGAGAUCUAUCAUAUGUUUAAUCUGAACAUAGCCUAACUUAUGAAAAAAAUGUAAAAAGUAGAGUUGCCUUGUGAAACUGACGUUUCGAUUGAGUACAAAUUACAAAAAUAUUCGAAAAUAAGUUAGACUACGAUCACAACUGACAUUUUUAUUGAAUUGGAUACAUUUCUCAGUGUACACUAUUUUGUAAAUUUGCAGGACGAGUCUUCAAGUGAAUUAAAGUACGUUUUCAUACAGCUGAUAUGUUACGGUUAAAGAAAGUCCAAUUCACUCAGGUUGUCGACGUUCUUUCAAACUAUAAAAAGAACUUUUUUACAAUAUUUCUUUAUUAAUAUAUUAUAUACAUACCUAUUUAAUUGUUUAGUUAGGUGGCCUUAAUUGUUGAGAAUAUAUCACAGAGCUUUAUUGUAAGAGUUUUAAAAAAUCGUUGUUUCAUGUACCAAUUUAAUUAUUAUUGUAUUUAUAAGUUUAUAUAUUGAGAGGGUGUAGGGCAUUUUUAUUCUACUACUUAAAAAAUCUUUUUAUAUAAAUUAUGUUUUCCUCAUCUUCUACAAACAAAAGUUUAUAAACGUGCUUUUUUGGUGCUUAACAGUAAACUAUGUUGAGAAGC